UUUUUGAACUUUAUGUCUCUGGCCAUGUUGUCAAGGGUCGUCCUUAGUUGGUACCCUACAGCCAAUCUCAAGGAAGCGCCGUGGAUUUUUUUGGUUAUACCUACGGAACCGCUGCUUCGAGCUGUCAAAGGAGUUAUACCACCAGCCUUUGGGGUCGAUAUCACGCCGGUUGCGUGGUUGGGACUCUUUACCUUUGUUCACGAAAUUCUUUUGGGACAGCAAGGCUUGUUUACAAUGAAGAUGAAGUACGGAAUCUGA